UCUCAAAGCGCACCAUCAGUUUGCCUCACUGUGCUCCCCGCCGGCGACGAGUUUGGUGCAGUGCUGUUUUGCAUUGGAAAUAUUACUAAUGGCAACAUCCGCUCACCGUGGUGCCGUACUUAUUGGUCAGUGUAUUGCUCACAAUACUCGGAACGCUGCAAAAGUCAGAGUGAAGCGGCUAAUUUUCGAUAGUAACAUAAAUAUGUAUUUUCCAAAGCACAAAAACUAUUAUGCCCAUGAUCCAGACAGAGAAUGCAAGACUGGCGACAUUGUGGUGAUCAGGGAGCUGCCAGAGAGAAUGUCAAAAGUUGUCACUCACUCCUUGGUCAAAUUGGUGUACAAGUUCGGAGAUGUUACAGAUCCCAUUACUGGCAAAAAAGUAGUAGUUGGUCAAUACAGAGAGCACAUGGAUGAACGAGAUGAAAUGUUUGGCGUGGCAGAGGAUGGAAGUGGCGGCUUCAAGUACUCAGAAGCACCUGACAGAGGCUGGCAGCAGGACAAAAGAGAUUUUACACAUAAGGUGGGAUAUCAGAAGUGGCACGAGUUUGAGCCAGGCCACCGGUUCCAUAAUGAUCCAGUUGCAAGUUAGAAUGUCAUACAUACUCUUUGUAUUAGAAACAGAAAUGUAGAUGCAAAAUGUACAAUAAAUGUAUUAAUUUUU